UUCAGCUCAAAUGUUCCUUACUCUCUCAUUUCCAUUUUAGCUAUGGCUUUGUGCAUUAAAAAUGGCUUUCUUGCGGCUGCCCUUGUACUUGUUGGGCUGUUAAUGUGCAGCAUCCAAAUGAUAGGGGCACAAUCUAUUGGAGUAUGCUAUGGAAAAAUUGCCAACAAUUUACCAUCAGAACAAGAUGUCAUAAACCUAUACAAGGCUAAUGGCAUUAGAAAGAUGAGAAUCUACUAUCCAGAUAAAAACAUCUUCAAAGCUCUCAAAGGAAGUAACAUUGAGAUCAUUCUUGAUGUUCCAAAUCAAGAUCUUGAAGCCCUAGCCAAUUCUUCAAUAGCCAAUGGUUGGGUUCAAGAUAACAUAAGAAGUCAUUUCCCAUAUGUUAAAUUCAAGUACAUAUCUAUAGGAAAUGAAGUAUCUCCCAUAAAUAAUGGUCAAUAUUCACAAUUUCUUCUUCAUGCAAUGGAAAAUGUGUACAAUGCAUUAGCAGCAUCAGGGUUGCAAGAUAAGAUCAAGGUCACAACUGCAACAUAUUCAGGGCUCUUAGCAAACACCUACCCACCCAAAGCUAGUAUAUUUCGAGGAGAAUUCAAUAGUUUCAUUAAUCCCAUAAUCCAAUUUCUAGCACAAAAUAACCUUCCACUCUUAGCCAAUGUCUACCCUUAUUUUGUUCACAUUUCCAACACUGCUGAUGUCCCACUUUCUUAUGCAUUGUUCACACAACGAGGAAAAAAUUCAGCAGGGUAUCAAAAUCUUUUUGAUGCCAUUUUGGAUUCUAUGUAUUUUGCUGUAGAGAAAGCUGGAGGACCAAAUGUGGAGAUUAUUGUAUCUGAAAGUGGCUGGCCUUCUGAAGGAAACUCUGCAGCAACUAUUGAAAAUGCUCAAACUUAUUACAGAAAUUUGAUUGAUCAUGUUAAAAGAGGGGCAGGAACUCCAAAGAAACCUGGAAAGUCUAUAGAAACUUAUUUAUUUGCCAUGUUUGAUGAAAAUGUUAAGAAAGGAGAAAUCACAGAGAAACACUUUGGGCUCUUUUCUCCUGAUCAGAGGGCAAAAUAUCAACUCAAUUUCAAUUCUUUGAUGCCAAUAUAUAUUGAUAUAUCUAGAGUGAUAUGAGUAAUAAGGAGAACUGUUAUGUUUUUCUCCAAUUGAAAAUGUAACUAUGGUUUCACUUUGAUAUCUAUAUGUCAUAUUUAUUGAAAUCACGUCUUUUGGUUUUAAA